AUGUGCAGAGGCCGCCGCGUCUUCUUCGCCUGCCUACACGAAGACCACGACGUGACGCCCCCGCGGCAAAUCAUCUACUGCGAGCGAGCCGAGCUCCAAAGCGACGGCACCAAGAAGCCCUGCAUACCCGAACCCAUACUGCCCCUCACGGGCCUCGACGACUUCGCCAGCGGACUGCUAUGCACCGAGUACUGCCCGAGCUGCCAGGACAGCUCGAUCGCCCACCGGCGCGCGACCGACACCUCCAUGUUCGGGAGCAGCAUCGACAGCCGGAUGCUCGACCUCCCGCGCGACGUCACGAUCGGCACGCCCUUGAGCACGAUACCCGAGGAGCCAGCAGCAGCAGCACCACCACCACCACCACCACCUGAGCCGGCAAAGGACCCGUUCAAGUUCGACUGGGACAUCGACAAGUACCUCGCGGGGCCCUCGUCCACCUUCUCGCCGCUCCCCGCGCCCUCGGCGCAGUCCGAGAGCGACUGGGCGAGAUCGCUCCUGCCAUCCUCGACAUCAGCGGCUCCCGGAGCAACGACGCAGACGAGCAGCGACUGGGCGCGGUCGCUGUUCUCGUCCUCCUCCACCUCGGAACCGUCAUCAGCCGUAGGGCCCAACACGUUCUCGUACGGCGCCGGCCUUUUCCUUCCGGAGGGGUCCGGGUCCUCGAUUGCGACGAGGGAUUUCCAGCUAUUUGACGACGACGACGAGGCGGGGAGCGGCGCGCUGAAGUAUCCUGGUCUUCUUGACUUGAGCUUCUUGGACGAUUUGUAGGAUAUUGCGAAGAAAAUUUGGCUAGGUAGGUACCUAGGGAA